AAACUGUGCUGCCCUCUGAGUGAACAAGAAAGUUGUUUAGGGAACAAAAGGAGGAUUUUCCAGGGACAGAGGGAGGAUAGAAAAAGCUACCUGUGCUUAGCUAAGGCAUAAAGCAGAGUAAGACAGAGAACUGAGUAAGAUAGAAGAGGCAGCUAUCUGAGGGCGAGGUGCGUUAUUAGAGCAAAAGCCAGGAGAGAGAACGGAGGUGUUUAAAGAGCGAGCAACAGAAGGGAACACAAGAAUUUGCCAACUGUAAAGUCAAGGAGGAAGGGUCCCGAGGCAGUGUGACAAGGCCAGGACCAGGGCCAAGGCCAGGGCAGGCACCAUCGCUGAGGGGAUGAACUUCACAGUGGGUUUCAAGCCGCUGCUAGGGGAUGCACACAGCAUGGACAACCUGGAGAAGCAGCUCAUUUGCCCCAUCUGCCUCGAGAUGUUUUCCAAGCCAGUGGUGAUCCUUCCCUGCCAGCACAAUCUGUGCCGCAAGUGUGCCAACGAUGUCUUCCAGGCCUCGAACCCCCUGUGGCAAUCCCGGGGCUCCACCACUGUGUCUUCAGGAGGCCGUUUUCGCUGCCCAUCUUGUAGGCAUGAGGUUGUCCUUGACCGACAUGGUGUCUACGGCCUGCAGCGAAAUCUGCUAGUGGAGAACAUUAUCGACAUUUACAAGCAGGAGUCAUCCAGGCCGCUGAACUCCAAAGCUGAGCAGCAUCUCAUGUGUGAGGAGCACGAAGACGAGAAGAUCAACAUCUACUGUCUCAGCUGUGAAGUGCCCACCUGCUCUCUCUGCAAGGUCUUCGGUGCCCACAAGGACUGUGAGGUGGCCCCGCUGCCCACCAUUUACAAACGCCAGAAGAGUGAGCUCAGCGAUGGCAUCGCAAUGCUGGUGGCAGGCAAUGACCGUGUGCAAGCAGUGAUCACGCAGAUGGAGGAGGUGUGCCAGACCAUCGAGGACAACAGCCGAAGGCAGAAGCAGUUGUUAAACCAGAGGUUCGAGACCCUGUGCGCGGUGCUGGAAGAGCGCAAGAGCGAGCUGCUGCAGGCGCUGGCCCGCGAGCAGGAGGAGAAGCUGCAGCGCGUGCGCGGCCUCAUCCGCCAGUACGGAGACCACCUGGAAGCGUCGUCCAAGCUGGUGGAGUCCGCCAUCCAGUCCAUGGAGGAGCCGCAGAUGGCGCUCUACCUGCAGCAGGCCAAGGAGCUGAUCAAUAAGGUCGGGACAAUGUCGAAGGUGGAGCUGGCGGGCCGUCCCGAGCCUGGCUAUGAGAGCAUGGAGCAGUUCUCGGUGAGCGUGGAGCACGUGGCCGAAAUGCUGAGGACCAUCGACUUCCAGCCGGGUGCUUCAGGAGAGGACGAGGAUGAGGAGGUGGUGCUGGACGGGGAAGAAGGCAACGCGGGGCCAGAAGAAGAGCGACAGGACGGGCUGGACAGUAAGUGUGGCCCCCAGCCCGAGGGGCUCGCGUGCACUGACUGGACCCUGGUUCGGAGCCCCUACCCCUGGGGCCUGGGACCCGGCUGGCGAGCAUCUAACUGUGCAGAGACCACACUCCACCCAGCUCGCCACCCUGUCCGGGACGUGGCCCCAAUAAAUGACUUCUGA